CUGAUGCUCACAUUUUCAAGAUGGCUACCUCCAUCUCGGGAUUAUUAAAACCCUGGACACCGAGAGUGUUAUUGGUGAGAUGGAGCAGAUACAACCCUUAUUACCUGGAGCCCGAGGUCAGGAAGGAGGCCUACGGCCAACCGGAGACGGAGCUGAGUGCUGAGGAAAAGGAGCAGCGCGAGCUCAAAACCCUCAGACCCAUCAAGGCAGCAACCAGCGGGGUCACUAGCUCUGUUUUCGAUGACCCAGUUGUCAGUAAAUUCAUCAACUUGAUGAUGAAACAUGGAAACAAGGUCUUGGCUAGAGAGGUCAUGACACAGACACUGGAGAACAUAAAGAAGAAGCAGGUGGAGAAGUUCCACAAAGCUCCUGAGGGGGAGAGAGAUGCAAUCGAGUGUAAUCCCUACACCAUCUUUCACCAGGCUCUGGAGAACUGUAAGCCUGUUGUUGGGCUGGCCAGCAUACAGAAAGGUGGAAAGUACUACCAGGUUCCCAUUCCCCGUACGGACAACAGGCGGCGGUUCCUUGCCAUGAAGUGGAUGAUCACGGAGUGCAGGGAUAACAAACACAGACGCACGCACAUGUAUGAAAAACUCUCCCAGGAGCUGCUGGCGGCCUUUGUCAAAGAGGGCAACGUGAUCAAGAAGAGGUACGAGCUGCACAAGAUGGCCGAAGCCAACAGAGCGUACGCUCACUACCGCUGGUGGUAGAAAGGAGCGAAACGGCGUCGACUGAAACCUGCAGAUUGACGGACUGAACAGAAGUCAAAUCGCAGCUGCUCAAAGCGUUAAGACAUGAAAAUGAGUUGGACUGUAAGAAGUGCUGGCGGAGAGAUGAAACGCGUAUAAAGAACUGAACAUGGCUCACUGUCACUUUUCUAUUAAGGAAGCUGUACUGUGUACAACAAAGUGUGAUGCAUCUGCAACAAUAAACACAAAGUAAAUAAGAAAAGGGUUUAUUAGAACAA